AUGGCUGCAAUGGCGACGACGGUGUUCCAGGCGGGGCCAAUGGAGGUGGAUGUGAAGCACGUGGACAAGAGUAUGAUCCCGAACCUGGCCAGGCCGUUGAUGGUGGUGGCGCCCAAGGAGACCGGCGCGUACCCCGUCAUCGUCUUCCUGCACGGCUGGAACAUGCUCAACAGCUGGUACGAGCAGCUCCUCACACACGUCGCCUCCCAUGGUUUCAUCGCCGUCGCACCACAGCUCUACUGGAUGGUGUCCGAGCCCGAUGCGGACGACAUAGACGCCACAAAGCGAAUCACCAACUGGCUUGCAGAUCAUGACAAGGGGCUCGCCCACGUCCUCAAGGACGUGCUCAAACUUGAGCAUGUCGAGCCUGACCUGUCCAAGCUGGCCCUAGCCGGCCAUAGCCGAGGCGGCCAGACGGCCUUCGCCGUCGCCCUGGGACUAGGGGACGCCAAGACCAAGCUGGAGCUCAAGUUCUCCGCCCUCAUCGGCGUCGACCCCGUGGCCGGGGUUUCCAGAGCCCAACAGUUGGAGCCCAAGGUGCUCACUUUUGAACCUGACUGUCUCGACGUGGGGAUGCCGGUGCUGGUCAUGGGGACUGGGCUGGGUCCCAAGCACAUCGGCGGAUUUCCAUGCGCCCCGGUGGGCGUGAACCACGCCGAAUUCUACAAGGAGUGCGCGCCGCCUCGCUACCACCUCGUGGUCAAGGACUACGGGCAUCUCGACAUGCUGGAUGACAAUGUGCCCUACAUUAUCAACAACUGCAUGUGCAUGAGGAACCAACACAACACCAAAGACCUUGCUAGGAGGACCAUGGGAGGAGCCAUGGUUGCCUUCCUCAGGGCUAAUCUGGGAAUCGAUGCUCGUGAUCUCAUCGCCAUAUAUCGUAAUCCUGAGCUCACGCCGGCCAUCCUGGACCAAGUUGAUGAGUUUCUUCCUUGCUUCGUUGGACGGCCAGACCCGCCGUCUGUGUGA